GCUGGGAGAAGUCUUGUGUUGGGAGUCCAGGGAGCACUGCUGAACUGACAGGGAGAUCUUGUCGCCCGAAAACUGGGGUCUCAUCUCCACCGGAAGUGGGGAGUGGAAGGUCACAGGCAUCAGAACACCAGAGAGGAGCUGCACAGAGGCUCCCGGGGGGCCGUGGGAUAUUCUCCACCCACUGUCCCCGGCUGCUGCACCCCUGCGCCUCCACGUCUGCCCCCUGCCCGGGGCCAGGGCCCAGCAGUCAUGACAGACACCCCAGUGGAGGAAUCCCUCUUCCAAAUCAUCCACUGCUUCCACCAGUAUGCAGCCCGGCAAGGCGAUGUGGAGACCCUGUCCCUGCAGGAGUUGCAGGCCCUGCUCGUGGACAACGUGCCCCGCUUCAUGGACAGCUUGGGCCGGAAGGAGCCGCAUUAUAUCACAGAACUGUUCCAGGCUGCAGACAAGAACAAGGACAACCAGAUCUGCUUCGAUGAGUUCCUCUACAUCUUGGGAAAGCUGGUGAAGGACUACCACCUGCAGUACCACCGGCAGCUGUGCGCUCACCACUGUGCUCAACACAGCCUCUACUAGAGGGAGCUCAGGCAGCCUCCUGCCCACCGGAGCCUGACCCAGGAGGCGGUGUGGUCUGGCUAUCAGGAACUGAAUGGAGAACCCAGCUGUGUGUGUCUCUGUGUGUGUGCACAUGUCUGUACAUGUCUGUGGAAAGGAGAGCAGUGUGAGAGAGAA